AAUACAUAUUCAGAAAAAAAAAGAUAAAUUCUACUACCACUAUUACCACUACUAAUAAUAAUAUUAAUAAUAAGGAAGAACAUAUCAUAUCUCAUUGUGGCUUAAUUAUGGACGUCUCAUUCUUACUGUCAAGUGCCAUGGUGCUUGGCCCUGUCGUUGGCUAUGUUGACCAAUAUGCCAUCAUUCGCAAGACACAAUCGAGUGCAGGUUUCAACUCGGCCACAUGUGCAAUUCUACUGUUUGCAAAUAUUCUACGUAUAUUUUUCUGGGUAGGCAAGCGGUUUGAUACUACACUUCUAGUCCAGUCGAUUGUCAUGAUCCUGGCCCAGUUGAUCCUAUUACAGGUUGUAGUCGAAUAUCAGCAUUCCAGCCCGUCUACUCUUUACGGAGACGUUCGGUCUUCCUUCUCUUCUAGUUCAUUGUUGGACGAAGACCUCCAGGCCGAAGCCGAAGGAUAUGAAAGCCGUCGUCCGUGGUACAGACUCCGAUUCUGGCAUUGGGAUCAUUACCUCGACUAUGUUAAUUGCUUAUUAGCCUUUACGACCAUUAUUGCCUUGUUGUAUUUCUUUUUACGUUCCUAUCCAGCAUUCAUUGAGGUGCUUGGUGCCUUGAGUUUAGGUAUCGAAAGUACACUUCCAAUGCCCCAAUGCAUCUCGAGCUUUAGACGAAAAUCUACUUCGGGAUUCAGUAAAUUGGUUCUUGCCAGUUGGUUUUUGGGAGAUGGAUUCAAGCUUUUUUACUUCAUUUAUACAAACUCUCCCCUUCAGUUUAUUAUUUGUGGUGCCAUUCAGCUCUCUAUUGACACUAUGAUUGUAGUCGAGUUUGUCAUAUUUUCGUCCCGUGUCAAGAAAUGGAUGGGUACCUCAACAAGUUGGUUGCGUGUGGGUGACGAGAAUGAUCCCGCUUUCUUGCAUGACGAUAGUGAACAUUGAACAUUGAAACCUGAAACUAUAACUUUAUUACAAGUCAACUUUAUUUAUCAUUUUUAUAAAAUAAACAAAUCAAGUAAAGAAGAAUCCUUG